UCUGGAAAUUAUAAACCAGCAAGGACUCUCACCAGAGCCCUUUUUUUUGCGUUCGUAAGCUUAUGCUACGUUACUUGGUCUACUAUUAUUUAGCUCGCGGUCAAUGUCCCGAUCUUAUACAUACGGUCGUCUACUUUACUGUUCCAUAGCCGAUCAUUCGAAUUAUAGUACCGUGGUAAACCUUACAGUGCGCGGUUCCCAUGCCCACCACCUGUUUGACGAAGUGCCCAAUAGAGACCUCUAUUUGCUCAACACUCAACUCACCUCCUACCUCCGUAACGGCAACCCUCGUGCAACAUGGGAUCUCUUUCGCCGCAUUCACUGCGAAUAUACUGCGCUUACUGCCUAUACUUUCACACCAGUUCUUGGUGCGUGCUCUGCUUUGCCCGGCUCUGAGCGUGGUAGGCAAGUUCAUGGUUUAAUGGUCAAGACGGGUGCAGAAUCAGGACCCGUUAAAACUACCCUCUUGGACAUGUACUCCAAGUAUGGCUAUUUGGAUGACUCGGUUAGGGUGUUUGAAGAGAUACAGGAUAGGGAUGUUGUGGCGUGGAACACUAUGCUUUCUAGUUGUUUGCGUAAUGGGUUUGCUGAAAAAGCUCUUGGUGUUUUUGCAGCAAUGAGGAGGGGAGGAAUGAAGUUUAGCGAGUUUACGUUAUGUUCCGUGCUUAAAGCUUGUGCUUCAUUAAAGGCUGUUCGACCUGGUAAGCAGGUGCAUGGUUUAGUGGUCGUGAUGGGCCGUGAUUUGGUGAUUUUGGGAACUGCUCUUAUUGACUUGUACUCAACUGUUGAGUGUGUAGGUGAGGCCAUAAAAGUGUUUUCCAGUUUAGGUUGGGGGAAAGAUGAUGCAAUGCACAAUUCUUUAAUUUCUGGGUGUGUUCGGAAUCGAAAGUAUAAAGAGGCUUUUUCAGUUAUGAGUAGAAUGAAGCCAAAUGUUGUUGCGCUUACUAGUGCUCUCUCUGCCUGCGCAGAAAAUUCAGAUUUGUGGAUUGGGAAGCAAAUUCAUUGUGUCGCAAUACGUUUUAGGCUCAUUUCUGAUACUCAAUUAUGCAAUGUUAUACUGGAUAUGUAUGCAAAAUGUGGAAAGAUCUUGAGCGCCCGAUUGCUGUUUGACACAAUUUGUUACAAAGAUGUAGUUUCUUGGACAACCAUGAUAGAUGCCUAUGGAAGUCAUGGUCAUGGGCAUGAAGCUCUUGAGCUGUUCAAGAAGAUGGGAGAAGGAGAUGCAGUAUUGCCAAACGCUGUGACAUUUCUUGUUAUUUUGUCAGCCUGUGGGCAUUCUGGACUGGUGGAUCAAGGCCAAGAAUGUUUUGAUUCCAUGAAGAUGAGUGGCCUGGAACCAGGGCCUGAGCAUUAUGCAUGCUUAAUAGAUAUCUUAGGCAGGGCUGGUCUUAUAGAAGGCGUAUGGCGUUUGUACCAUGAUAUGGUUAAGGAUGGUGUUAAACCAGCAGCUGAAGUGUGGACGGCACUCUUGAAUUCUUGCACUCUUAACUUGGAUAUCUCAAGGGGUGAAUUUGCCGCAAAACAUCUCCUGGAAUUAGAGCCAAACAAGCCUGGAAAUUAUGUGCUACUUUCAAACUUUUAUGCGGCUGCGGGAAAAUGGGAUUCUGUGAACACCCUGAGAGACGUUAUGAAGAAGAAAUGGCUGGUUAAGGAAGUAGGGAGUAGCUGGGUUACCACUACUCACGGCCACAAAGAUGCCUCUAAAGUACAAAUUUUCCAACACUGAAUUAGUAAGAAAUACUUUUCAGAUAUACGGCGCUAUUCCAUACAAUGCACUUGUGUAACAAAAUACUUCUGCUGGUUAGAAACUACAGGUGACAGAUGAAUUCAAUGCUUUUUCAGUAAGUCCUGGCCCUCAAGUGCAAUUGGCAUAUUUGAUUUGUUGCACUGGCUAUCUUGUGCUUUCUCGGUGACUCGACUUUGCCUGGCAGCUCAAAUAAUUUUUUGUUAAGACGUCAAUAGCUGGAUAAAACCAGCAGGGGUGCUGCGAUUUGUGCUCAAAUCACUUGCAUUCUGGUUAGUGAAGGACUAGCUGAAGAUUGUUCAUCCUCUCAAUAGCACUUGGCAUUGGCAAUGGUGAAUCAAUUUCAUUUACAGAAGUCUGCAACAUGAGAGACCUUGGCUGUUAUCAGGAGCCAAAUGCUGUCAUUUUGAGGUUUGAUCUUUUAUCUAUCUUUCAUAAUCUGAGGGAAUGUGAGUUUAUCCAAAGAGGUAAUGUCACUCGAUUAGUCUUUUAAAUUUGUAUUUUAGUUGCUUAUCAAAAAAAAAUUGUAUUUUAGUUACCAUUCUACUCAUAAAAAGGUCAAAAGAGGGCGGCCUUGAAAUGGAUCAUUAGAUUGUAUUGUUGUAUUUCCAAAGGCUAAGAAAUAAAAUUCCAGAACCUGAAUUUGAAA